AUGGGACCGUCUUGCAGCGAAGACGUUUUCCUCUCGAGCUCGCUAAUCGAUAUGUACUCCAAGUGCGGCAUCAUGCUCGAUGCUCGAUCGGUCUUCGAUGAGAUGCCACGGCGAGGGAAUGCUUUGAUACUGGGCUACGUAGAGAAUGGAGAAAGCGAGGUCGCUCUCGAGUUCUUUGGGAAGAUGGGACUGCUCGCGGACUUUCGUUGCUGCUGCCAAGGCCUCCUCGUGGACAUGUACUCAAAGUGUGGGCGUGGUGACGCGCGGAUGGUUUUCGAGAGCAUGCCUCGUCGCGAUGUCGUGCUCAGAACGAGCUUGAUACAGACAACGGGGAAAGCGAGCUGGCUCUCGUGUUCUUCGAAGCUAUCCGGGUGCUGUCCAAACUCUCGAACGUAUGUUGCUGCGCUUGCCACCUGUGCGAGAUCGGCAAUGCGAGAAGAAGCGGUGGAUGUCGACGGGAAACUCGUGAAGAGAAAGAGCUUGGAAACUGGGGUGGCUAUCCAUGGUGAAGCUUCAAACAACAGGUGCUGCGAGGAUGUGUUCGUGGGGAACACACUGAUCGAUAUGUACGCGAAGUGUGGGAAGCUAGAGGAAGCUCGCAAGGCAUGGCUGGCCGAGACGUGGUUUCGUGGAACACAACGAUCUAGGGAUCUGCUGGAAGUGGAGACAGCAAGAUGGCCUUGGAGCUGGUCUUCGGCAUGGCUUGGGAGAACGAUCCGGACGAGAGAACGAUAUGUAGACAACGGUGAGAGUGAGCUUGGGCUGGAACUCUUGGAGAGCAUGGACUGUGCUCCAAACUCUCAGACUCUUGUAGUGAGACUUACGGCCUGUGGGAACGUUGGGUCCAGUGAAGCUGGAAGGAAAAUCCAGGCUGAGCUUUACAGCGUGGGCUGGAAGACGACCAUGUUGUGGGGAAGUGCAUGGAUUCGGCCGGGAGAAGAUGGUGUGCGAUCACGUUUGUCUCGCUCAUCACUGCUUGCAGCCACGGCGACCUGGUUGAACGAGGCAGGGAGUUUUUCCAGGCAAUGGACCCGGACUCUGGUAUUGUUUGCGGGAUUCAUCACUACAGCAGCUUGGUGGAUCUCUUCGGGCGUGCAAACCGACUGGAAGAGGCAGUGA